UGUGUGCCUGAUCACAGCCCUUCUGGCCCCACUCCUGCUAGGUUGCUGCUGGGACCUGCUGUGACUCUGUGGCUUUAUACCUGCAGGUCUCAGACCAUCACAUGCCAUCCACAUAUCAGGACAAUGAAUGAGUCCGAGAGCUGCAAUCUCACAGUCAUAGAGGUGAAUCCCCAUGUUCAUCUCACUGAAUUUGCUCUAUAUAUCUUCACUUUCUUUUUUGGAGCGAUUUUUAAUGUCCUUGCCUUGUGGGUGUUCUUCUGCAAAAUAAAGAAGUGGACAGAAACCAGGGUGUACGCCAUCAACUUGGUCUUUGCUGAUUUCUUUGUCAUUUGCACCUUGCCUUUCAUGGCAUAUUUGAUCUGGAAAAAGUCAGUCCGAAGUGAACUCUGCCAGUUUAUAGAGGCAAUGUACUUCAUCAACAUGGUAGUGAGCAUCUACAUCAUUUCAUUUAUCUCCAUCGAUCGGUACCUCGGCAUAAAGCACCCCCUGAAAGCUCGGGCCUUCAGGUCUCCAUCCAAAGCUGCUUGUCUCUGUGGGCUCCUGUGGCUCGCUGUCACCAUUGGAACCAUCUUAAAACUUCAGCAGAGAUAUGCUGACUUCUGCUUUCAGUACGAUACCAGCACUCCCACCGCUCUGAUACUGCUUUCCAUGUUUUUCAUUUUGACUCUUCCAUUAGCAACCUUGACCUUUUGUUCCAUAGAAAUCAUCAGGAGCCUUAAGAAACAGCUGAAGACAAACUCACUGGAGCAGAAGUCAAUCCAGAAAGCUCUUUAUAUCAUUUAUGCCAAUCUGAUUGUGUUUCUGAUAUGUUUUCUGCCGCCCCACCUCAUGCUCAUUGCCAGGCUCAUCAUGAAGCACACUGAAACUACCUGUUCACUGAACCACUUUUUGAGGAACUUCUCCUCCAUGACGCGGUGCAUUGCCACAUCCAACUGCUGCCUGGACUGUGUCUGCUACUACUUUGUGACCAAGGAGUUCCAGGAAGCCAUCCUGCUGCCCAAGUCCAGCACUGCCAGAACAACGCAAACCCAUUCUGUGCAGACACACUAAAGAAAGGAGAAACUACACAAAACAAAAGCACAACGAAACCAACAAAUUCUACAGUGUCAAGAGGAGAUAUGGCUGCGCUGUUGUGGGGAUAACCAUCCCCCUUUCACUCCAAGGAGAGCUUUGUUAUGUGUAUCAUUGUUAAGCUGUAAUUUCUACCCUGUGUCUCUAUUAAGCUGAUAAAUCAUUUUACAUAGAGGUGCCCAAAGUGAGUCUGCAGUGGCAGUGCGUUAACGUUCCCUUCCCCUCCAUGUGUUACUCUUAUGGGAAGAAGGGUGGCCCAUGUAUGUCAGUCACCCUGUUUUAUUUCAAGUUGCAACUAAAGUCAACUCAACCUAAAACACAAAAGCCAACAAAAAAGCCUGUACUGUGCUUUAUCUCACAGUGUAUCUCAGAUUGCUUGCAUUAAAAACAAUCUGAUGGUGCCAG